GCGAUGGAGUACGGACGUCUCGUAGUGCUUGGCUACAGCAGCUACCGCGUGGACAUGGUGCGACGCUCUCGCAGUGGCAGUGUGGAGGUGGCCCCGCCGUCCUUCGGUCUCUCUGACGCCACCGACGAGGCGUCCAUGAGUCGCAAGCGCUCGCUUGGCCAGCUGUGGAAGCCUCUGGGUGACCAGAACGCGCAUUACGUACUGGAGAAGCGUUCUCGAGCCAACGGCGUUCGCUUUCAUCGUUUCCACCACGUUAUUCCAAUUGAGGAGUUUCAAGACAAUAAACACAAAACUAAAGACGUCAAAGGCGUCACCACGCGCAUCAUGCAACGCAUCGAGACAGCGCGUAGUCGUCCAAGCGACAACCAAUCAGAAGACGAAUUGGGUAUCGCACCGUACCAAAUGUGCGUCCCUAUGAAUGACAAAGACCCAUUUGCCAGUGUCACGGAGUUCCAUUCCGACCCAAAUUUCGAUUUGUUCCAAAUCGGUCGAAUGCCAUGUCGUCAAAAUGAUUUUGUGAUCCCCGGACCGCGAGUCGGCGCAUCUGGGACUAUUUCUCGCUAUGCGGCGAGGAUUUUGUGCUCUCGAGAGCCUCCUUUUGAGUGUCGCAUCUUUGCUGGCGGCUUUGAUGCUACUCGACGUAUGAGUACAGCUGGACAUGCACUAAAACACUGUGUGCGGUGUGGCGCGUGGUCCAAACGACUGGGUACAGAUCACACAUGUGUCAUGAAGACACUGAUGGAACAGGCCAGAGAUGCGGAAAGAGGAUUCAUCCGCCACAACGUGAAAAGUAGCAACAGUGUGAAGCACUAUAUUGACGAAACCAGUGAGGAUGGGCCACUGGAACAUUUCGAAGUGGAUCUACAAGAUGCAAAUGAGUUGCCACUCGAUGGAUUAACGAAAAACGGUGUCCGGUUGUGGCUGCCAGAACAUAAACAGUGGUUUGAGGUCUCGGUGAAUGGCAGAUUGUACGCGAUCGAACGUCAUCAUGCUAGCGCGUUGCGGUCACGUAGUGGUGCGUUUAAUCGUCCAGCUACUGGUGCCGAGGAUCUACCCCCGAUAUUGACAGACGGCGCGGUGAUUGACCUUGGCGGCGUCCAGUUGCAAUUCCAGACCAGCUACCGCUCCGAGCUUGAGACCAAAGCUGAAAGCAAUGAACUUCUCGAGGCUCCUGUGGUCUACGGACGAGCAACGCUGUCCUCUAUCAGUACACAGAUGGAACGUCUUAACGUCCAGUGUCCAGUGCAGUUGCACUCGCUGCGUUUCACGCGUGCAGCUCCGAGUGAAGAGGUGCCAUUGAACCAGAUUCCGCAUGUGUUUACUGCGUGUGGACAUGUAUUUGGCUAUGAAAAGCGGAUUGCCAGUUCGCACACGUGUCCCCUCUGUCGAACGCCAGGGUCGUUAGUGCAAUUGCUACUGAAAGAAAAUUCGCAACUGCAGUCGACGGAAGAGCAACAUGUCGUUCCCGAGUGUGUUUUUAAUCCAUGUGGCCAUGCGAUCAGCACCAAACUCGCGCAUCACUAUUCAGCGCUACUGAUGCCUAAUGGCAGAGCCAUUUGUCCGUUCUGCGCAGUGCAUCUUGACCUACGCGUGCCAUUCUCGAGACUCUAUCUCUAUUGCGACACCGAUUAA